AUGCACUCUACAACCUCAGUGACUGAGCGGUCAUUAUUUCCAUACUUUAAUCCUUACUUUCCAUAA